AAUCAGCAUAAUUUUCUUUGGCAGCACGUUUCCUUGCUUGGUUAGAUGAUGAAUCAUUCAACAGUCAUGUUAGUAAGGUAAUAUUAUCAGGGUUUAUCUAAACCAUAAUCCAGAACAUCUGCAAUUUUCUACACCAAGAAGUGACAGAGCAGGCCGGUUUCCCAACAUUGUCUGAGCAGAUCCUGUGACCUCCCGACAGUCUGUCUGUUCAAGAUGGCCGCCUGAGUGGAGAAUUUACACAUCUCCUAUAAAACUAAUCCAACAGCUAGCUCCAUACAACUUUGACUACGCUGACAACAAUCUACACGGCUUUGCUGAGGAUGUGCUCUCCUUUAACAGUACUGGAGAUCAGAUAACUGCCGGGGACGACGUCGGAGCUAUGGAAUAAAGAAUCGCACCGGAGUUGUGGGGGGUUAAAGGCCCUUUGUCUGAGCCCAGCAUGGACAGCUUCUUCAAGGCAGCUGUGUGUGAUCUGGACAAACUGCUCGAUGACUUUGAGCUCAAUACAGAGGAGCUUGACUGUAAAUCCGUUUUCCUGAAGCCGUCCGUCUACCCCUUCUCCUCUCUGGGCUCUCCAUGUUUGUCCUCUGAGGCGUCCACCGUCCCCCCAAACCUCCCCGACCUCAACUCUCUUCAUUAUGGAUCUGCCACCAGCUGUCCCGACCGUUCCGGCUGUCAGAACCGCAGCCCCGACGACAGAGAGCUCAAAGGUCAGCCUCUCACCACAGUGGACCUGCUCUCCUCUGUGGACCGCCGGCCGGUUAAAAUCUCCCCCCCUCCCUGCCCAGACAGAGCGCUGAAGCCGGUGUGUGACCUCGUGAAUGACACCAGCUCGGCCAUAUUGGUCCGGGCGAACAGCCACGAUGCUUUCAGCGAGCUGGACGCGGUGGAGAAGCAGAUGGAGGAGGAGGAGGCGCUGCUCGUGGACUUCGACAGCCCUGUGGUGACGGCACAUGUUGAAGAGCAAGGGCAGCCAAACCACGGCGCCGACAGUAGAGACUCAACGGAAGAGAGCGCUUCCGCAGGGAGAGACGAGCUGCAGAGCGGGGAGUAUUCUGCCUCACUCAGCCUGCUGGAUGUUAUCCUUCCUGCUGCGGUGGAGAGGAGCUGUGAGUCCGCGGAUGAUUCACCGGCUGCUGACAAACAUGAGACGGGCUGUGAGGAGGAGGUGGCUCAAAUAAACCAGGCAGUGGAUAACUCUUUAGACUGCUUGAAACCGGAGGAAUCUCUGCCUGCUGAGAGCAUUGAAGGCACAACAACCUCCUCAGCUAGUAAAGAGGAAGAGUCACAAGAAGCUGCAGAUAAAGUCGAGGCAGAGUCUCCUGCAGGAGCGGCCGCAGAGAGUGACUCGAUGGGUUUAUCCUGCCUGCCUUUGGCUGUGUCAAUGUGUGGAGCUUUGGUGAACGCAGAGGAAGAGUCAGGCCAAGCUACCGAGCAAAGCGAAGAAGCUGAGAGCACAGAGGCAGACUCUGUGUCAGCUCUGGAAGCUCGAGAAAACCUAGAAGAACCCAUCAACUCAGUAUCCCAGCAGCUCGCGGAUGGCCGGGCAUCACCAGAAGGGCAGCAUUUCCCCGUAGAACCUGCCCACUCUGCAGAUCUCGCCUCAUGCGAUCGCUCUGAGCCGAGCCCAGUUGAUCCUCCAGAGUUCGGUUUUGAGUAUCUGCCUGAGAGCGAUCAGGCCGAGCUGCUGGUGACCGAUGAAGAGCUGGACGCAUUCCUCCAGGCGCACGCAGAAGCAGAGCAGGGCCAGAGCGGGGGAGGCGGGGUCUCUUGCUGUAGCAGUUCUGGGGACUGUAGUCAACCUGAGAGCCAGAACGGAGAUCUGGGGGAGCUUAGGAUCAGCAGGCAGGAGGAUCUAGAGAGUUUUGCUUCUCCAGAAAGUGACAGGACAAUAUGUGUGACUGUGGAGGGAAGUUUAAACCCUGCAGCUUCCUCUUUAUCUAUCAGACCUCCCCAAGAAGAGUCAGACCUCUCCCCCUCUGGGUUAAACCUCUCUUUGACCAGCAACUCUACCCAGCCCCAGCUCAGCGGUAGCCCCGAUCAGCAGUCCUCCUAUGGAGGAGCAAGACCCAAGCAGCUGCACUGCCAAACUGCUCGAUCUCCACCAGCAGGAGAGGAAAGAGAGGAGGAGACACUCGAUGAUUCGACAAAAGAGCCAGCAGAGGACGAGGAGAGUUCACCCAGUCUCACAGAGGAGCAGCCUAACAUUAAGGAUUUGAGCCCCAUGUACGCCAAUCGGGAGCCUCAGGAGUACAGCAUGGGGUGUGAUGAACUCUCAGAGCCCCCACCGUACCCUGGGGAGUCGCCCACAGAUGGCGGCAGGCCAGUGAACUGGAAGAGAGAUGGAGGGGAGGAGCUGGGGAGCAGACAGCCGGCCUGGGUGCCAGACGCUGACGCUCCAAACUGUAUGAACUGCGAGCAGAGAUUCACCUUCACCAAGAGGAGGCAUCACUGUCGAGCCUGCGGAAAGGUUUACUGUGCCGUGUGCUGCAGCAGGAAGUGUAAGCUGAAGUACCUGGAGAAGGAGGCUCGUGUCUGUGUCGUCUGCUUUGAUUCCAUAAACAGAGCCCAGGCCCUGGAGCGGAUGAUGAGUCCUGCAGGUCCCAGUCCAAACCCCAACGUCCCCUCUGAGUACUGCAGCACCAUCCCCCCUCUGCAGCAGGCUCGAGCCGCUGGCACCCUCAACUCACCUCCACCGACCGUCAUGGUGCCCGUGUCUGUUCUCAAACAGCCGAACAACGACAGUUGUCCUCGUGAGCAGAAGCGUGUGUGGUUUGCUGAUGGCAUUUUACCCAACGGGGAGGUGGCCGACACGACGAAGCUGUCAGUGACGAGCCGCAGGAGCUCGCAGGAGUUCAGCGUCUCUCCGGAUCAAACAUCACCCGGCUCGGCAGGCUCAGACGAUGGAGUCGGCGGCUCAUCUGAAGCUUCUCAGACUGUAGAGGUGGUUCGAGCUCCGGUAUCCGGACCCUGGGAUUACGCUCUGCUCGCUGGGAUUGGUACUUCAGUGAAGAGGGUUCCCAGUCUGCUGCCAGAGAAUGAGGACGAGCUUCCUCCUCUGCUAAUCACCACCGGGGAGGAUGAAGCAGGAGAUGUCCUUGUAGAAGAAAGUCCAGCUCCUUGUCAAAUCCUGCACCUAUUAGAGGAGGGAGGACCCCGACCUCUGACCUUUGUCUUAAAUGCCAACCUGCUUAUUAACGUCAAACUGGUCACAUACUGCAGCCGGCAGUGCUGGUGUUUUGGCUCUAACGGGCUGCAGGCUCUUGGACAGAAGGAGCUGGUGUUUUUGUUGGAGUGUUUGCCAGAAGAAAAAUCUCUUCCAAGAGACCUCUUCACGCUCUAUCUCAACAUUUUCCAGGAAGCCCAGAAAGGAAAGUUUUUGGAGGAGCUGGAUAACGUGACUUUCACCAGCAGUUUCCUGGGCAGUAAAGACCACGCCGGGAUGCUCUUCUUCUCUCCCAGCUGUCAGCCUCUGGAUGGCCUCACUCUCCCCUCACAGCCGUUCCUGUUCGGCCUGCUCAUCCAGAAACUGGAGGUGCCCUGGGCCAAGGUCUUCCCCCUCAGGCUGCUGCUGCGGCUCGGAGCUGAAUACAGCGUUUAUCCCACUCCGUUAACAAGCAUCCGUUUUCGGGAUUCUGUGUAUCGAGAGACGGGACACACCAUCAUGAAUCUCCUGGCUGACCUGAGGAACUACCAGUACAGUCUGUCAGUGGUGGAGGGUCUGAGGAUCCAUAUGGAGAUGGGGCACAGCUACAUCGACAUUCCUAAAAGUAGCUUCACUGAGAUGCAGAAGGUUGUAAAUGCGUCGAACGAACACGUCAUCAGUAUCGGAGCUCGUUUCAGCACGGAGGCCGACUCUCACCUGGUGUGUCUCCAGAACGAGGAGGGAAACUAUCAGACACAGGCCAACAGCAUGCCGGGGAAAACACGCACAGUUACUGGAGCCAGUUUUGUUGUUUUUAAUGGAGCCCUGAAAGCCUCGUCAGGCUUCAUCGCCAAAUCAAGCAUUGUAGAAGAUGGGUUGAUGGUUCAGAUCCCUCCAGAGACGAUGGAGUCCCUGCGCUCAGCUCUCAGGGAUCAGACAGACUUCCACAUCCCCUGCGGCAGGAAUGACGGCGGGGAGCUCCGAGAAAACGUCACUGUCCGCUGGAUUGACUGGAGCUCGCCUGUCAACACUGGGAGAACCAGCGGCGUUGAUGGUAGACCUCUUGAUGGCGUCCGCAGUGUGAGGAUGCAGCAGGACACGGACUUCGAGUCAGACGGACGCACCAUCAGAUGCACUGAGGUUUUCUACCAGCUGAAGUCUCCAGACUGCAGCCUGGCGUCGGUGCUUUCGUCCUGCAGCGUGUUUCAGAAGGAGAUGGCUUUAGCUGCCUGCAGCGCUCUGACUCCUCACCUCGCCGUUCUCACCUCCAGUGGCAUCAACUCGCUCACGCUGAGGAUCUCUACGGAGGCUGAUAUGGUGGAGUACCAGGCCGGCUCCGGAGGUCACCUCCUCCCCCAGCGCUACAUGAAUGAGCUGGACAGCGCUCUGAUCCCCGUCAUCCAUGGAGGUAGUGCCAGUGUUCCACAGACUGCCAUGGACAUGGAGUUCAUCUUCUACAUCACACACUCUAUCUCAAACAGGCCGUGACUUAGACUCAGAGGUACUGAAGACAGUCGGUGUUUGAGCACAGACAGAGGGGCUGUUAGUGGGACAUGCUAAUGUGCUAACAGCUUGUGCUGCACAGCUGGACAAGCAGCAGCCGCUGCCGGCUGGACAUCCCCUCUCUGGGGCCGGGGAUGUAAAUUGACAUGGUUUUUCUGUUAAGGAAUCGCUGUGUUUGUGUGUUUUCGUGCUCACCAAAGCUGCUUUAACACAAGAAGCCAAACACUAAACAAGGAAUACAACAACACGACCAAAAAAACAAGCAAACCAUUUCCUUCUGCUCUGCCUUCAGGCUCCAGGCGGUCAGCUCGGAGCUGCUCAGUGAAUGUUUCCCACAGACACUCGAUCGAAAAAUGUCUCUCAUUGGAUGUAUUUAUUCUAUUUUAAUACGGGCUUAUUGAAUGAAAUGAUGACAUUAAAGCACGGGACGUGAUCAACUUCAGUUCUCAGUACUUCAGAGGUGCUACUAAAUCACCACUUCACACAGAUAGAUGACCCCAGACAUAGAAAUAAACCUCAUACUCUCCACCUUUAACAUGCUGGUUUAUGAUGACGCUGCACAGGGAAACAUCAGGCCUCAUGCAGGAACAUUUUAACACUCAACCUUUAAGUUAGCCCUGAAUUGUUGAUCAUGAAGUUUCUGCACAGCUGAGCUGAGUUUCAGCCUCAUGAAUGACACAAGUUCAUCUAGAGAUUUGUUUUUAGGAUCUAAUGAGUGUAACCAACACCUUCAAACUGCUUUAGAGAGGUACAUUCUAGCAAAGAGGAAGUAUAACUAUGGAAGAAUCGCUUCAAAGAUGAUAAAAGUCAUAGAUUUGUGCCAAGGGGGUCAACAUUUUGAUGCUUUCUUGAUACCACUUGCGUUUGGAAAUGUACAAUCUCUUUUUAAUGAUAGUGUGGAAUAAAACACUGAGCUUUACUCAUACAGUACUGUGCAGAACUUUUAGGCAGAUUUAGGCCAGAAAUUGAAGCUGAAGUAAGGCGUAGAUAUAGCGAAAAAGCUGCCUAAGGGCAACAUUGGGCAGGAAGGAGGAUCAACUAAACCCCAGUAGUGCUCUGGAUGUCCUUGCAUAUUACCAGGAGCAUGCCAAAAUAAUAUGUUGAAAUUAAAAAGUCCAUACCUGCAGGGCAGAGUAAGGGGUGGAUGUGGCAAGUAAGCACAGCCUUGAGUACUGGCUGGGCAGGUAGUAGGGUUGCUGCGAGCCCCUGCUCAUGCUGGGGACGUCCUAGGGGCCUGAAAAUCACCGGCAGUCUCAAGGCCCAGACAAAAGAUGCUAUCUAGCUUGAUCACGUCUUUCUCCUCAAAUGAUGCUGAUUGGUCCAGUCAUUCUCUGACUGAAAACAAACUAUCACCCUGAAGCUUUGCAAAAUGGAUCCACCUGAUAGCAGACAUUGAACCUGUGCAGUCCAUCAGCUUUGUCGAUUUUCUAGCAUCAUAUCAGCUCUAAAUUCUUGUGACAACUCUAAAAGCAAUAAUUGUCUUGUAGUAAUGCAAAUUGCAUGCCAUAAAUGGCUCCAAUAGCAUCAUUUGCACUUUUAAAAUCUGAUAAAAAAAAAAUCAUCUGACCUCUCUGUGUCACAGUGAUCAGGGUUGAGAUUUUCCUAAUGUCCUUAUGUGAAAUCACAAUAAAAAAUAGAGACUUAGCUUAAAAAAAAAAACAAAGCAUUUUAAAGCUGCUCUGUUGUUCAUGUGUGGCCAGAUGUUUUGGUACUUAAUUUCAGUCAUUAAAAUAAGAGAUUGUGUUAUUCUUUAGACACUUGGUUUUGAAAAAGUAUCUAAAAUUAUAACAGGGAACUUUCAGCAUCCUUUUGACCCAUUUUCCUGCAUUUUAAACAGCUAUUUCUUUUCAUUGGGCCCAGACAGCUAUAGUGAUAUAUCUCUACUGUACAUGACUUGUUCAGCAGAUCUGAAAUUUUGGUCCAGGAAAUUAUAAACAUAGCAGAAUGCAAAUUAAUAUAGCAAAUCACUCAUAGGUGACGGAUUGUUGUCCUGCAUGAGGCCCAGGUGUGUCACUACCUGGCUAUGUGUUCUAAGAAGCCAUGGUUUGAGUUACUUACAAGCUUUAACAAAUUUGUCUGCUAAAAGGGGAACUUAUUUUAUAGUUUUUUUUUUUUGUUUUUUUUUUUUUUAGAGAUUCAGCUCUAAUUACCCUCAAAGAUCCUGCCCUCGAUGACAGCUAAGUUCAUGGCUAAUGUUUUGCUGUUGCUGUGUUUCAUCAUCUUUACUAUUCACCACAAUUAAACCGUCUCAAAAACGUUAUUUUAGUAUCUAACCUCUGUAAGAAUACAGUUAGAUUUACUCUUUGCUUGAUUCCCUCCCCUUUGACCAAAGUCAAUAAAAGGCCUGAUUAUCAAAGCUUAUAAAUCAGCCUGACAGAUUUUCCUGUUGUGUAAGAUGUGUUAAAAGUGGUUUCACCCUCUCCAAACAGUUCAGAAGACCAUCAGAGAUCUUGUUCUGGGGGAACACCAAGAACAUGCCCGGUAGUGAAAAGCUCAAAACUGGUUUCACUUUUAGAACAGAUUUGAGGCAUUUUCACAGCAGCUUUGAAGCACUUUAGAUCCAUUAAAACAUGAGACAGCUCAGUGCUUUAUCAAAGAGGGUCUACAGCAAGUGUCACAACUGGAAACCUCACCCUUUUUUCACCAGCUUCUUGUCUUUUUGCUAAAUUUAAGCUGCAUCAGAACUGCCAAAUUAAGCAUUUGAGUGUUGUGGUUAAAGUUUGGACUUUAGAGAAAUGUCAGAAAACAAGAACCUAGUGAGAGUCUGUCACACCUGAAAAUGUAAUAACCUCCCACAAACGUUAUACAAAUAUGCUUUUACCUAAUCAUCCAACAAACGCAAUAAAUUUCCAACAAAUGUAAAAGCAGUUGACUACAGCAAACAUAAGAAUUCCCACAAAUGUAAUAAUUACAUUUGUGGGAGUUUUUGUAGUCGUUCUUUAUUUUUUACAACCUUUUUACAAAUGCUCGUGGGUUCAAGUCAGCUUGAGCUCAAGCCACAUAAAAAACAUAGUCAUGGCUAUUUCUUUGUUCACCAUGAAACAGGAAGUAAGAUUUUUUUUUUCUGAGGGUAGAGCCAUUAAGCUCAGCAGAGUGGAUUACAACACGUCAAAAUAGUGCUCUGAGGAAAUUCUAACACUAUACAGAGACAUUGUUUGACCAGCCAGUUUUAUUGUUUUACAAUAUCUUAAAACAUACCUUGACUCUAUAAACUGUAAAAUUAAUUAUAUUUGAAUCAGGUGAACCCCCUCUGUGGGCUUAAUUCUAGAGAAACCCCAUGAUUUUGCAGAAUUUUCCAAAAUUUAUAUUAAUCCUCUAUUUUUCUCAUUCAAAUAUGUAGUGCUAAGAAUCAUGGCUUUACAUGUGUUUUAAUAGUCUGAAAGAUCUACUUCCUCUUUCAUGGUGAACAAAAAAAUGGCCAUGACUAUAUUUAAAUCCACUCUGCUAAGAUUCAUGGCUCCACCAGUGUUUAAGACUUCUAAAAAUCUACUUCCUGUUUCAUGGCAAACAAAAAAACACCAUAACUGUGUCUAAAUCCACUUUACUAAGAUUUAUGGCUUGACCAUUGUUUUAAGAUUCUGAAAAAUCUUCUUCCUGUUUAAUGGCAAACAAAAAAAACAUUGGCCAUGACAAUGUUUUCUGAUGUGACUUGAGCAUAAGCUGACCUGAACCUAUGGGCUGUUUUAAAAAGGCUACAACAAUGACCACAGCUUCAAUUUUUCUGGUUUACAUUUGUCAGAAAUCCAUACAGUUUUGAGAGGCAGGGAUUUUUAUCUUCUCACAAAUGUAAUAAAUUCCUGCAAGUGUAACAUUUACCACAUUUGCAUUAGGCUACUGCGAUUAAAUUCAAUGGAAAUGUAUAUUAUGUGGCAUUAAUGUGUUAAAAGCUGCAGAUUUGCAUUGCAUCUAUGGUUUAUUACGUGUGUGGGAGGCUAUUACGUUUGCAGACUCUCACAGGAUCCAGCCCCUGUCCAGUGUAACCAGGCUAACAUGUACUGUUCGUUCGUGCAGUGUUUCACAUCUCGUCCCGGUCUACAUCUUUCCUUUGCUCAGUCCAAAUGUAUAAAAGAUUAACUGUAUGCAUAGAGAUGUUUUCGUUUUGUUCAGUCCUUUUAAUAAUGAAGAGUUAUUUUUGGAGUCAUUGGUAUAAAAGUUUUAACAAACAGAAGAAGAGUUCAUAUUUUUGAUAGGACAUAGUGAGGCUACAUUCAUUUUGCAUUUUGUGUAGCACGUUCCCUGAGCACUUAGAGGAAAAAUAAACAAAUUUGAUUUAUAAUUUUGUCAUAAGGUGGAAAAUAACUCAGCUGAAAAGCAAUGUACAUGGAGGAAUUUGCAGAAAAAGGUGUAAAAAUCUGAAAUUUAAAGGCAUCAGAGACAUUUCACUAUUUCUUAAGUAGCUGCAAACAAGGUAAAGAACUGUUCAUUUCUUUGUUAAUCUUUAAAUUAUGGAGGUUACAGAAAAGUGAUUACAAUAUCUGAAAAACAGGGCUGCAUGCCCUAAGAGGUAAAAACUGAAACGGAUCAUUUAUUGGUGUUUUACGUCACUGAUCAAGUGCAAUCUUUAGGUCUUGUAUCAAGGUUUCAAUAAAACAUCCAUAGGAUGAACUGGCAAAAGUGUAUGCAAUCAAUAUCUGGAUUUAAUAAUAAGACAAAACUGUUUCUUACACAUUACACUAAAGUAAAAAGCAGAUAUGAGGUAUUUCAGUGUUUUUUUAAUAUGCAACAUUGGUCUGAAAUUGCAGUUUGUCCUAAAAAGAUGGAUUAUGUCAUCGCGAGUCAAGACUGCUUCUUUUCAUAAGGUAUAUCCAUUAAUUAUCCAUCUAUUCAACACCUGUUAUCUGUAAAUGUCACCAGAUGCAUUAACGAACAUUUAUGUCUGCUUAAAUCUACCCUAAACAAAGUUUGGACAUUCCCUGGCACUGUGAGGUUCAGCGGGUGCCCCAUUUAUUUUAGUCGUUUUUUGACCUCGGCCCUGUAAACAUAGAGGCCUGUUUGAAGAGGACAUCUGAUACCAAACGAGGGGAAAGUUAAAAUGAACCUCAAACAUGCACGGACAGUUACUCCAUGGCCGAUGUUAUUUAUGAACUCUGCAGCAUUUGGAGAAGUAAUAAGAAAUGUUCCAUCUCUAUGGUCUGCAGAGGCGGUUAUAUUUGAAGGUUAUUACUUUCUUUGUAGGAUGAUUGAAAAAAACGAUCCGCUCUGUUAACAUGAGAAGCCCUUUAUGCUUUCUGAUUCUUUCUGAUGUUUUGUGUAAAUCAUCUAUUUAUUCAUAAGCACCAGCUUUAUUUGGUGAACCUGGUAUCUGGGUCCUGAUUGGUUUCUGAAUAGCUCAUGUAUUUAAAGAAUAAAAUGAGUUUUAUGAAGAAAAUUCUGUUCAGUAUCUUCUCAUCUCUCCUCUUU